CAGCCCAAGCUGGCUUGACACAAAUACUUUUUUAGGUCGCCCUUGUUUACAAGCACUUGCAACAGGGAAAACAGAGCACCCCAUCAUUCCAAAGCAAAAGCAAAAGAAAGAGAGAGAGAGAGAGAGAGAGAGAGAGAGGCAAAGAAAGAGAGAUCAUAAAGAGAGGAAUUCAAGGAAGAAGAAGGGUUUCUGUUCAGCUAGGAUACGAUGCAGACAGGCGAGCACCCUCAAAACUCGCAACAGUUAAUGGUGCAGAACUCAGGAAGUCUCAGUUUCAGCAGCAGCAACUUAUCCAAAGAGGACGAGGAGAUGUCAAGGUCGGCUCUCUCUGCCUUCCGGGCCAAGGAGGAAGAGAUUGAGAGGAAGAAGAUGGAGGUCAGAGAGAAGGUUCAAGCCCAUUUGGGCCGUGUUGAAGAAGAAACCAAGCGUUUGGCCACAAUUCGUGAGGAGCUUGAAGGGCUAGCAGAUCCCAUGAGGAAGGAAGUUGCAGCAGUGCGUAAGAAGAUCGAUACAGUAAACAAAGAAUUAAAGCCAUUAGGGCAUACCUGCCAGAAGAAGGAGAAAGAGUACAAAGAAGCUCUCGAGGCUUUCAAUGACAAGAACAAGGAAAAAGUACAGCUUAUAACCAAAUUAAUGGAGCAGCUGGUGGGCGAAAGUGAGAGGUUGAGGAUGAAGAAGCUGGAGGAGCUGAGUAAGAACAUAGAUUCAUUACAAUGAAAUAGCCUUCUGCUAAUAACUGAUUAGGUUUGUGUAGGGUUGUGUGAUGUAUUUAAGACGACAUCUUUACAUUUAUAUAUGGGUGUUUUCGGUUUGGUGUAUUCUACGGUAUCUUUGUUUGUUUUCAUUAGAGCAUUUCAUGGAAAGCUGAGCUGAUUUUAGGAAGGGAAAUGCCCUACAAACAGGUUUGUAACUAAAUGUCUCUGGAUUUAGCAUAUUCUUCCCUUUUUCUUUUUCUUUUUCUUUUUUGUUUUUGUUCAACUUUGUAAUCUCUCUUUUAAGUUUUCUGUAAUUUGAUUUUUCACUUCUAUUUCAGAAUUGGCUUCUAAGAGCCAUGGUAUUUAUUUAGUACGUAAGAUUUUUUUUGGAAA